AUGGUAGUGACAUGUUAUACAUUCUAUUUUGUUGUUCUUCUUCAACAACAUGUGAUAAUUGAGGCUCAUAGUGCUUCGUCCUCAGCGGCAUUUUCUAGCAGUAAACUGUUUAAAAAACCUGGUGUACAAUCGGUAACAAAGAAAAAAACUGGCAUAGAUGGUGUGCAUGAAACAGAUGAUGAUUCUGCUAUAAAAUACAAUUCGGAUGAAAGUCGUUUAAGAGCACAAUUAUUAGAUAGUUAUAUACCAGAAGCAAGACCAGUGAUUAAUAUAACAACAGUGACAGUCGUUGAUGUUUCAUUAACUAUUAUUCAAGUCAUGGAUCUGGAUGAACAAAAUCAAGUUAUGACUACAAAUGUCCAAGUUACAUUGAAAUGGCAAGAUGAACAUUUAUGGUGGACUCCAAGUGACUACGAUGGUCAGAAUCGAACUGUAUUCUCAGCUCGAGAAAUAUGGACACCAGAUAUUGUUUUGUUUAAUAGUGCCGAUGUUGCUUAUAGUCAACAACGUGAACAUUAUCUUAUAACGGUACAUUUUAAUAGUACAGUUGAAUGGGUAUUUCCCGAUGUAUUUCGAUCUUAUUGUAAUGUUGUGAUCACAUACUUUCCAUUUGAUAAACAAAAUUGUACAUUAGAAAUUCAAUCAUGGUCACGUCCUAGUGACGAAUUAUUAGUUCGACAUCAAUCUCAAAAUUUUCGUCAACAACAAUUGCAAUAUAUUCGUACAGAAUGGCAAGUAUACGAUAUCAAUGUAUAUAAUGCUACAAGCAAACGUUAUUUAUGGCUUGUAUUUCAUGUACUAAUGAAACGAAAUCAUCAAUUUUAUGUUAAUCAUAUGAUAUUUCCAUUUUCUAUUCUAUCAUGUUUAACAUUAUUUGUAUUUUGGUUGCCACCAGAUAGUGGUGAAAAAAUUACAUUAACAAUCACCAUUUUACUAGCAUUAACAGUUUUUUUACAAUUAAUAACCGAUUAUACACCAAAAGCGUCAAGUAAUCUACCAAUCAUUGGUAUUUAUUUUAAUGUUAAUUUAAUACUUGUUCUAGUAUCAGUUAUUUUAACCGUUGUUGUUUUGAAUUUUCAUUAUCGUGGUCCAAAGAAAGAACGUGUACCAUUAUGGUGUCGACGAAUUGUUAUGUAUAAAAUUGGUCCAUGGUUAGGAUUUCGAUUUUCAAAUAAAAAUAAUUUAUUAACUGAUAAUACAACAAUUCGUAAUAUGGGUUGUACAAAUCGAAUUAGUAAAAAUAAUGGUGAUAUUGGUAAUCGUAUCACGAAAAAGGACAAUGAUGAUGGUUCAGCAGUAGAUCAUAUUGUACUUGUUAAUUUUCAAGAUGAUCAUCAAACUAAUGAUGAUGAUGAUAGUGGUGUUCAACCACUAACACAUAAUAUUGAACAAUUACUAUUAAAAAUGCAAAAUACAUUUGAUCCUUCGAAAAUUGAUGAUGAAAAUUUAAAAUUAUCAAUAUUACGUGAAAUAUUAGAAUGUCAACGAUUAUUGUUAACAAUUCAUGCUAAAAAGCAAAAUGUACAUACACAAACGUUACAAGAUAUUUAUGAAGAAUGGAAAAUAUUGGCAAUUAUUGUUGAUCGUUUAUGUUUCAUAUUUUAUUUAAUUAGUAUGAUUGCCGCUAGUAUCAUAUUUUUUGUGAGAGAACCAAUUUUGAAGUGA